AUGGCCAAUAAAGUCAGCUGAGGAAGUGGUCAUUGACGCCAGGGACAGCAUCAGUAAGCUGCAGAGGAAGGCCUUUUCAGCAGUGAUGACAAGGGGUCAAGUGAAGAGAUGCCGAGGGGUCACCACUCAGGACCAAACCGAAGCUGAAGAUUCGGUUGAAGAAAAUGACGUUAACCCAACCCACCUGAUUGUCUGCCCUGAUGCAUCGGAAACCGAUCCAGAAAUGAGACGGGGUGAAGUUGCGCUGAGAGUAACACUUUCCAACUCAGCCAUCAAAAAUCUUUUGGAGGUGAAGAGGUUUAGUUGCAUGUCCAGGCUGGUGAAUGUCGUUGCUUGGGUGAGACGGGCUGCUGACAGAUGGCUGGGCCUCAAAGACCAAACCACAAAGAAAUUAAAGUGGGAGGCAUCACCCUCAAAAGAGAAAUCUAAAGCUUUUGUGCUCAAUGUUGAAGACUGUGAGCAUGCCUUCAGAGCUCUCUGCUUGGCAGCUCAAGAAGGCAUUACAUUUCCCGACACUACCCUAAACAGGCUUGUGGUGAUUAAGGACAAAGAUGGACUCAUUCUCUGCGGCGGCAGAAUUCAGGUCUUCAGAGAUGAUAAAUCUUUAGUGCCCAUCCUCCCUCAAGAUGCGUGGAUUUCUACAUUGCUUGCACGAGAAGCCCACAAUGCCAAUCAUGAGGGUAUAGCAGGAACACUGUUGAGGAUGAGAAGGAAAGCCUGGGUGGUUAGGGGAAGAAGGAUAGUCAAAAAAGUAGUGGACAAUUGCGUAACCUGCAGGAGAGUGAAAGCAAAACGGUGUCAACAAAUAAUGAGCGACCUACCACCUGAGAGAACCACGCCAGCAGCUCCAUUUCAGUUCACCGCCGUGGACCUGUUCGGGCCAUAUGAAGUGAAAGAUGAGGUGAAGAAGAGAGUGAGGCUGAAGGUGUGGGGUAUUGUGUUCAGUUGCAUGGCAUCCAGAGCCAUUCACGCUGACAUUGUCAGUGACAUGUCUGCAGAAGGAUUUAUGCUUGCUUACCAACGAUUCACAUCACUGAGGGGACACCCCAGCAAGGUAUGGUCUGACCCAGGCACAAACUUCGUUGGGGCCAAACCUGCCCUUGAAGACCUCUACCGGUUCCUGGGGAAACUGGAAAGCUCAGGAGUGGAAGAAAAGGCGGCAAAGAACGGCACAAAGUGGUCCUGGAAGAUCCAUCCGGCAGACUCGCCACAUAGAAAUGGAGCAGCUGAAGCAGCGGUGCGGACUGUAAAGAGAGCUCUCCAGAACGUAGGUGGUAAUGGAGUCUUCACAUGGGGGGAAUUCCAGACCUUUGUGUAUAUGGCGGCCAAUAUGUCUAAUGAGAUGCCUGUGGAUGCAAGAGCACAAAGCCAAGAGGAUUGCGUGGAGUAUAUCACUCCAAACUCUCUCCUGCUGGGGCGGGCGAGCUUGAGAGGAGACCCAGGAGACUUCCAGUUUGAGGGUUACCCCUACAAAAGGCUGAGAGUGAUCCAGUCAGAGGUGAAGAAGUUCUGGAAGAAGUGGUGUCAAUUGGCAGGCCCGAAUCUCUUUGUAAGGAGCAAAUGGCACACGAAGGAGAGGAAUGUUGCAGAAGGAGACAUUGUUUGGCUUGCGGAUCAGAACGCCUUAAGAGGUCAGUUCAAACUAGGCAGAGUGAUCAGUGCAUUUCCUGACAAGAAAGGAGUCGUAAGAGACGUCAAAGUCAGGACGUUUCCUAGCUAUCCAGUCAUGAUCAAGAAGCCAUCCCGUGAAGAACAUGGUAGUAGAACCUCAGCGGCGAGGAAGCUUUCCAGCAAGAUCCCUGCUACGAUCCUACACAGAGACGUCAGGCGUCUUGUUGUGUUGAUUCCAGUGGAGGAGCAAUGAAGAGAAGAUUGGCACAGUCCAGAGAAGAGUGUCGUGACCUCCUUGGGUUCUGGUACCAGGAGCUCAAGUGGGAGGUGUGCUGUUAGAUCGAACUUAAAAAGAGACUUUUGUUUUGAAAAGAAAAGAAACUUUUAUUUUGAAACCGGAAGUAGUUCUCAUGCCAGGAAACGCGGAGUCAUUGUAGCGCAGGUGGUGUGUGAGUGUUUGCAAGGCACAUGUUGACUGCUGAAGGACGGGAGCUUAACUAACUGGCCAUUUCCAGGGAUGCUACUGGUUUUCAACCUAUCUAUAAAAGACGUAUUCGGACUGAUGACUUUAGUAAAAUAAAUGAAAGAAGAACGAAGAAACCGUCUGAGUUGUGUCCAUUUUACCCUGUUGAUGGCCAAGGCCUUUUUCAAGUUUGGGCAGAAGUUAAGAAUCCCCCGAUAACUUGACA